AUGAACAAGCAAAUUUGGCUCUGGCUGCUAGUAGUGGUCGCUGUGCCGGCUACCAGCCAGGCUAAGCGACGUCCUGUUAUAAUUCAAAUCAGGAAUUUUAGCUGCUCGAGUUUUAUUCCUUCACUGUUGCCCGAAUUGAGCUGCAGCAGCAACAAGAAGAGCGGCGAGGCAAUGUUGAGUGCGCGCUUCAGUCUGAGCGAAGCGAUUGAGCAGUUCAAUCUGAUGGUUGAUUUUGACAUUAUCAAAAAGGAUAACUCUAAGAUAAACAUACAGCAUGUCAAACUCGAUGGCUGCCAGUAUCUGAGCUCAGCGUGUAAGAAGAAAUUCCAAAGCGGCAUCUUUGAGACACUUUUCAAAGCCAGCAAUUUGCCCAGAGAAUGUCCCAUUCAACCCAACAUACUCUACGAGGUGCGCAACUAUACAAUUACGCUGGAAAAUAUUCCCAUGGCUAUGCCUGCCUUGACAUUCCAGGUCAAGGCCACAUUCUUUCGACUCAAACAAGCACUGGCCGAUGUUCUCAUUGUGGCGUCAGCUCGGUAUUAA